AUGUCUACCGAAGCGAUCACCAUCUCACCAACGUACCAGAGCAGACUCGCUCGAGGCGCCAUGAAUGGCAACACCUUCCGUCACGAUGUCCACCCGUGCGGCUCAAUCCCCAAGGAGGCGAAGCAGAUACUCGUCAGACAUCUUCUCGAAAACCCAAGCCUCGAUAUACCCUCCCAGGUGUCCAGAAACGUAUCAGCUGUCACGUUCACCCCGGAAGCCGGCCCUUUCAUGCCUACACCCAUGAAGAUGAGUGAAUCCGUCUCUGCACUCUGGGCAUGCAUCGGCCUGUUUGCCAGUGCUAUUUCGCAAGAGCGCUAUAGUGUGCCGGUGCCAAAGAGUAUCCAAGUGGAUGUGCACUCAGCUACUCUCAUGUUGAUGUCAUUAGCUCUCUUUGAGAUCGAGGGCUGUGGCCAGGGCGAAGCAGCGCAGAGGGUGGAGUAUAUUGACAAGGGCCGAAUCUCUGAAACGUACAGGGCCAUGGCGACAAAUAUAUAUAAGACCGCUAAUGGCCGAUACUUCCAACUUCAUGGCAGCCUUGACACAACGCCUGUGCUCCAUAUGCUCGGCCUGGCGCAGAACCGCCCCGACUUGGAAGGAGCACAGUUCCGUGACAAGGCCAAGCAAGUAUACAGAGCCGCGGUUGCGGAAAGGGAUAGUGCCGCCCUCGAAAUCGAAGUUAAUGAGCGAUGGCGCCAGCCAGGUGUGACCUGCCUCACUUUGCAAGAAUACACCGAAACGCCGCAUGGCCGGUCAAACAUCAAGGAGCCUUUAUACACUAUAGACGCUGUACACGAGUCCCUCCCGCCCGUCGCGUGGCCAAACCAGGAAAGUCCUCGUGGUCCACUGGCUGGAAUCAAAGUCCUCGAUCUUACAAAAGUGAUCGCCGGACCGACCAUAACGCGAAUUCUCGCCCUCCUGGGCGCGGACGUCCUGCGCAUUUCCACAGACACCAAGCCCGAUGCGGGAUUCGCCCUGUACGACGGUCAACUCGGGAAGCGAGACGCCAAUCUCGACUUGAAGACCGUCCAGGGGAAGGCUAGCUUCACGGCCCUUCUGGAAGACGCCGACGUCAUCGUGGAUGGGUAUAGGCCCGGAGUUCUCGAGAAGCUGGGUUUUAGUGGCGCGUGGAUGCAAGAGUUGGCGCGGCGGAGAGGGAAAGGCAUCGUCUAUUGCCGGGAGAACUGCUACGGCUGGAACGGCGAAUGGAGUGGCCGCGCAGGAUACCAGCAGAUUUCCGACUGUGUGACGGGAGCUGCGUGGGAGCAGGGCAAGUUCCUUGAGCUCGAUGAGCCGGUCGUCCCACUACUUCCCAAUUCCGAUUACCAAACGGGACUCGUGGGUGGAAUAGCAGUGAUGCAAGCUCUGAUGAAAAGGGCUACUUCGGGAGGUUCCUACAACGUUUUCGUCUCCCUCAACCAGUUCAACAACUGGUAUCUUCGAUCUGUGGGUCUGCAAGGUGAAGAGACUCAGGCUGCCAUACGAGCGUUGUAUCCGGAAUUUCUGCCCAGGCAUGACAUGGACAUUUUCGAGUUGAUCUCGAGGACGUUGGAAGCCACCAGGACUGCAAACGGGGAUGGAAAGGGUCAACUUUUCGAUCCGGCGCGGUUCACCACGGGUUCUAUCAGAUGGGGCAAAGAAGGAGAAGUCGCCCAGUAUCUUGACUGGAGGAGAAUCGUGGUGGUGAAAACUGAUGGUGCGGACGACGGGGUUGUGUUCGGCUUCGAGAACGGGUCUUGUAUGCCAGGCUCGGAUCAGCCGAGAUGGCAUUAA